AUGCACUACGGUUGGCUACCGGUGGAGGAUGUGAUCGAAGCGCUGAAAAACCGCCCCGAAAUGCAGCACGUCAUCAUCACCGGACGCCACGCCCCCGAAGGGCUGGUGGAGUUCGCCGACCUGGUUACCGAAAUGAACGUGGUGAAACAUCCCUACGACGCCGGUAUCAAGGCCCAGCCGGGAUGGAACGGUAUGAACAUAUCUGAGCUGGUUGACCAGACGAUAGCGGCGAUCGGGCCGCUGGACGCCGUUGCGAUGGCCGCAGCGGAGGCCCGGCAGGGAAUGUUGACCAAGCCGCCGGGCAGUUUAGGCCGGCUGGAGAGCCUGUCCGUCCAGUUGGCCGGCAUCACGGGGCAGCCGAUACCCACCAUCACCGGGAAGGCGGUUAUCGUCGCCGCCGGCGACCACGGGGUGGCGGCGGAGGGCGUUUCAGCUUAUCCGGCGGAGGUAACGCCGCAAAUGGUGUUCAACUUCCUGGCCGGCGGCGCAGCCAUCAACGCGCUGGCGCGUCAAGCCGGCGCGGACAUCGUGGUGAUCGAUGCCGGCGUGGCCGUUGACCUUGACCCACAGCCGGGCCUGACCAUCGCCAAGCCAACGAGACGGGCCGACGCGGGCGCCAACGUAAUCGCCGGCGGCGAUAUGGGCAUCGGCAAUACCACGCCCUCGGCGGCGAUUACGGCUGUCGUCACCGGUGCGGAUGUGGCAACGGUUACCGGGCGUGGCACCGGCGUGGACGAUGCGGCGCUGGCAGCCAAGAUUGAAACCAUCCAGCGGGCCCUGGACACCAACCAGCCCGACGGCAACGAUGGCCUGGACGUGUUGACCAAAGUGGGCGGGUUGGAGAUUGGCGUGCUGGCGGGUGUGAUGCUCGGGGCCUCGGCGAGAAACUGCGCGGUAAUCGUCGAUGGGUUCAUCAGCGGGGCGGCGGCGCUCAUCGCCUGGCGGUUGUGCCCGGCGGCGGCGGCGCGGUUCAUCGGGGGCCACUGCUCGUUCCGCAAGGCCCCGGUGAUACGAACGGUUUUCGCGCCGUUGCUGGUGGCGUUGUCCUUUCUGACCCUGCUGCCGGUGGGCCUGCGCUCGGCCAGAGACGUCGAGAUUUCCCGUUCCCGUGGCUGGUAUCCCGUGGUCGGGUUGCUGUACGGCCUGAUGCUCGUACUCCUGGUGCUGGCGCUGCAGGAGGCGCUGGGCAUUUUCCCUUGGUCGUUGCUGACGGCGGCCUUGCUGGUUACGGCGCUGGCCAUCCUCAACCGUUUCCUGCACCUGGACGGGUUGAUGGAUUUCUGCGAUGCGAUGUGGGGCGGGCACACAGUAGAACGCCGGUUGGAGAUAAUGCGUGAUUCCCGCGUCGGCUCAUUUGCCGUAGCUGGAGGGGUUUGCGUGCUGCUGGUGAAGUUCGGCGCGCUUAGCUCGGGACUGUUAUGGAGCAGCGCCGGGUUGAGUGCGCUGCUAUUUUUUCCAAUGGUAUCGCGUUGGACAAUGACGCUGCUGCUGACGGUGUUUCCCUACGGUAGGCAGCAGGGAAUCGGUACGGCGUUUGCCUCGGGAAGCCGACCGUGGCUGGCUACCGGGAUCGCCUUUCUGACGGUUGGGGCAGUUGCUUGGUUUAUGCUGGGUCUGUCUGGAUUGAUAGUGCUGCUGGUGGCAUCAGUGUCAGCCUUGUUGCUGGGAGUCUGGGCUUCACGGCGGUUGGGGGGCGGCCUGACCGGCGAUUGCUACGGGGCUGCCAACGAAAUAAGCGAAGCAGUUUCCCUGACUUUACUGGUUCCCUUGGUGGAGUCGUCCCUGGUGGAGGUAGGGUACGGAAGCGGCAUAGCUUAUGGUUUUCCAUGGUUGGUUGGAUGGACGCAUUAG